AUGUAUGAUGCUCUGCUAUGCCUCAUGUUUAAAUAUAUGUUUGUUCACUUUGGUGCGUGUGCGACGUUGAUCGUGCAAGAUUGCCCUACCGUCACUGAUCCGGAAAAUCCGGUGAUUCCGCACCAGCGUGAUUUUCGGACAGUGAACGGUGUGACGGCAAAUCGUGUGUGGAUCAGGAGUCGCAAACGAGCAUCAAAGAACGCAAACCUGGAUGAACCUGGCCCUAGCACACCACCACCUGGUUUCAAAACGAGCAUCAUCCUAGGUGACAAGCAUUAUUAG